CUUAACGUUACGACUCACUGACAGAGACCGAGAGAAACCCUUGCGGAGCGCAACCUGUCCAUCCACGCCUCGCGCGAUCGACUCUCUCCAUCUAUUUCUGCACGGAGAGUCAUUCUUCGACGUCCUUGAUUGGCCGCUACGCCGGAUCAGCAAGCCAUUGGCCGUCGCUCUGGGGGAAAAUACCGCGCGACUCCUGCCAUCUGUUGCUAUCGGUUCAACUUGAAAUCAUGAUCGAGACCUUAUAGAGCGAGUUCGAGUGCUAGACGAAGUAUCAUGGAGGGCCUUCUCACACUGCUCAUAUUGAGCGUUGUGAUGACAAUUACGUCUUUUGUCGUCGGCUCAUUACCACUUGCGUUUGCGCUAUCUUCUUCUCAAUUGAGAUUUAUAUCCUCCAUUGGAAUGGGGGUAUUAGUUGGCACGUCAUUAAUAGUGAUCAUUCCAGAGGGCGUGGAGACUCUUUACAGCGCGAGUUCGAUCAAGGCCCGCAAGGACAUCAGUGCUCGGGACACCCCCAUUCACUGGGAAUACCAACAAGUGCCGGUGAUCAAGUCGGAUCGUAUCGUGGACGAUCAGGAUGACAAGUUCCCGCAAGUGUCUUCCUUUGCAAUCCCGUCUCCAUCACCGGUCAUGUCAGAGGAAGAAGGGACGCUAUAUGUCCGAAGUUCCACACACCAGUCGCCUAACCUAAGAGCACGAAAGGACGACACAUCAUCAGGGGAAAACAAAGAUGAAGAGGACCAUGAUGAGCAGGAGGAGUCCUCGCCUCAUGCGUGGAUCGGCGUCGCUCUGAUCAGCGGGUUCGUUCUAAUGUAUCUGAUCGAUAAACUUCCCGAGUUCGCGUCUCCGGCAAAGCAGCAGAGACCUCCAUAUCAUAUUUCGCUGGACAACCUAGGAUCUGGAUUACGCCGGGGAUCGGCAUCCUCUCGCGACGGAAGCCUACUCGACCGAAAUGGUAACAACAAGCGCAACCACAGCUUUGCGACAACUACGGGACUGGUGAUUCAUGCUGCGGCGGAUGGCAUCGCGCUGGGAGCAUCCAGCUCAGACACUGGUCUGAGCUUCAUCAUCUUUUUAGCGAUCAUGGUCCACAAGGCUCCUGCGUCUUUCGGACUGACGUCCGUUCUGCUCAAACAAGGGCUUUCCAGCCGGGCAGCGAGAGCGCACCUGUUGGUCUUCAGCCUAGCAGCCCCGGUGGGCGCGUUGGCAACUUUUCUCUUCGUGCAAGCCGUGGGCUCAGGGAUCAGCGGCGACGAGGCAAGCAGUAGAUGGCGGACCGGCAUGCUUCUCCUAUUUUCUGCCGGAACCUUUCUCUACGUCGCCAUGCACACCAUGCAGGAAAACGGCUCUUCCCGCGACUCCCAGUCCAACGGCUAUGGUGAUCCGCGCGACUCGACAUCCAAACCGGAUAAGUCCAUGAGAGACCUGAUCGCCUCCGUGGCCGGCAUGAUCUUACCCUUGUUCCUUCAAAUCGGCCACGCUCACUGAGCAGUCCCCCCCCCCCUGCUUC